AUGACCGAAGACAUUGAUUCCAUUGUCAAGGGGGCCCCCGUGGCCUCCCCGGCCAUCAAGGCGGCCGCGGCCGCCACCGGCACCAGUCCCAUCCUCCACCACGACGUCAAGCAGGGCGAUCCCUUGCACAACACCCCCAGCUCGCCCUCCAUGAUCUAUCUCAACCUCCUCAUCCUCGAGGCCUCUCUGCGCGCCCAGUUCCUCGAGCUGCGCGCCCGCAAGCGCCACCACACCUUCUUCCUCACCCUCCUCACCGCCUGGGUCUGCUUCUUUGCCUACAAGCUCUACUUUGCGCCCCGCGAGGACGGCCACGGUGUCGGCGGCUCCAUCUACUGGGCCGUUGAGGGCGCCCAAAAGGUCUGCUUCAUGGGCGGCAUCAUCACCGCCGUCCUCGUCUGGGCAACCGGCAUCUGGGACCGCGGUAUCCGCUGGCCCCGCCGCUGGUUCGCCAUCUCUAACCGCGGCCUGCGCGGCUUCAACUGCAAGCUCGUCCUCAUCCGCCGCCCCUGGUGGGCCGAGGCUCUCUCCUCAGUCGGCUUCUUUCUCACCUACGGCCUCUUCUCCCAUACCGCCAGCUCCUCCUACCGACGCGUCGACCCGUCCCUGCUGCGCGAGGUCGAAAAGGAGCUGCAGCUCUCUGCCGACGGUCAUCAUCCGACUUUAAUCCUCCCUCACCAAGAUGAUGUGCGAGGCGGACACGAAGAGGACCUCGCCCCUGGCGGCGACUAUGUCAAGCUGUUGCUUCUCGCCAAACCAUUCUCUCCCACCUUUCGCGAAAACUGGGAGCUCUAUCGAACAGAGUACUGGGAUCGAGAAAACGAGCGCCGAGCCCUGCUACGAGAAAAAGUAAAGGAAUAUGAUAUCAAGCUGGCCAAGUCCCAGCAUGGUUGGCUGUGGCGCCUGCCUUGGAAAAGGGCUCAGGUUAAGCGCCAGGAGACGCCCAAGGUCCUCCACAAGAGCCACAUUAGCACCGAAAAGCUUCACAAGCGUCGCAGCAGCAGUGUCCGGCGUGGCUCCGUCAGCUCAACACGCAGCGGCACCCCGUCCUUUGACCUCGAUGACGGCCACCCGACGACGCGCCGCACCGGAUCAAUCUCCAGCCUCGGUGAAAAGCGGCGAAAAAAGGCCACGAGCGUGGCCAAGUCGCGGAAGCAAGGUUCAGAGUCCCGCUCCGUCACACCAGACUUGCCGUCCUCUCCGCUGUCUGCGGACGCGCCUGUCAAGAGAGAGGCUACGCCUGACAGCGGCCGAGUGCUGCGCAGUGCUAGUGGGACGCCCAGAGACAAGACCCAGGCGAAAUGA